AUGAACGCUACAUCGCUGCCGCCCAACGCCCCCAUGACCAACGGCACUCGCACGACCGGUCAUGGAGAAGCAGAUGUAUCGUCCACUGGCAUAUCAAAAUCAAACAACGACUCCUCCAGCUUGUCCCCGUCCUCGCUACAAGAUAUCUGCGCCCUGCUCCACGCUCAGGUGAACGCCUUCCUGACCUCUCCUCCGCCCGACGAAGUGACGAAGCGGACGCAAGCACAGACAAAGAUCGCUCUCGAGGUGAUAGUCAAGGCCCUGCAAGACUACAAAUACGGAACACUGUCCAUAUCCUAUAAUGGCGGGAAAGACUGUCUGGUCUUGCUCAUCAUGUACCUGGCCGUGCUGCAUACGCAUUUCACACAACCGACGAACCGACGGAAAGGCAACCUAGACCGAGAACCAGAACCAGAACCAGAACCAGAAACAAAAACAGAACAAGACACACAAACAGAAACACAAACACAAACAACCUCACGGCAUUCUUCAUCGAUACCUACCUCCAUUCCCGCCAUCUACGCCAAACCGCCCGACCCGUUCCCCGCGGUCACCGAGUUCGUGGAGUAUUCGUCCAAACUAUACCACUUGGACCUGACGCACAUUUCGACGAACCCCGGCCCGCGACCACGAGAGCACUCGCAUUCCAAUCCGCCCUUGACGCACCCGUUUCCGUUUCCGUUUCCGCCUCCUCUCAAAGAAAUUGACAACGGUAUUGACAGCAGCAUCAACAUCACCAACAUCGAUAGCAACGUCACGACCACCACAACCACCACCACAACCAACGAAACAACGACGACGACAUCCAAACCCAUCAUAUCCUUCCGCGACGCCUUCGCAUUAUAUCUCGCGGCGCACCCCUCCGUGAAAGCCAUCUUCGUGGGCACCCGCCGCACCGACCCGCACGGCAGCCAUCUCACGCACUUCGACCCGACAGACCACAACUGGCCGGCCUUCAUGCGCGUCCACCCCAUCAUCGACUGGCACCUGUCGGAGAUCUGGUGUUUUCUGCGCUCGCCGCACCUGCGCGACCCCAUCUCCGGCGGGCCGCUGAGGUACUGUCCCAUGUAUGAUGAGGGGUAUACCAGUCUGGGAGGCAUCAAUGAUACCUUGAAGAACCCGAAGUUGAAGUACAUGGACGAAAAUGGCGUCGAGCGUUACAGGCCGGCCUACGAGAUGACGGAAGAUGAGGGAGAGAGGUUGGGGAGAGAGUAG